GAUAUUGGUGGCAUUAAGAUGGACCUGAGGUCAUCAACAGGUUAUGUUGUGACAUCAGGAACCCGGAGGGAAAAGGCCAGAGAUGACAUCAGAUAAUUAUAAAAGCAGAAGCUGCUGAUCAGACGAGGAGGAUGAAAAACAGACUGAUAUCAGCUUCACAAUCAACACCAGCUACUUCAUCAUGUGUAACCAAACAUCUUCUUUUCUGUCCUGAAUUGUGAGAAAAGGUGAAGGAUGUGUUUUGGUGGUGAUGUUUUCUAAAUGAUUGCUUUCUUAUGAAUCUGUUAUUCCGAAUGUUUCAGUAUGAACAGCUCUAUCACUACAAUCACCUUCACAAUCUACGGUGCACUCGGUCUGUAUAAUUCUGCGCUUGUCAUUUGCAUCUUAGUCCUCUACAUUUCCGGUUUGUGUGUUAACUUUUUCCUCGUUCUGGUUAUUUGUGUCGAGUCUCGCCUUCACAGACCGAUGUACGUUCUGUUGGUAAAUCUGUCUCUGAGUGGAGUAGUAGGCAGUUCAUCUGUGUGUCCAAACAUCAUCAAACACCUUGUGGUGAACAGGCAGGAGAGUUCUCUAGAGGGAUGUUUGACACAAGUGUUUUUCACCAACGUGUACGGUGGCUGUAUAUUUUGUAUUCUGGCACUGAUGGCCUACGAGCGGUUUGUUUCCAUCUGUAAACCUCUGGGGUAUCACUCCAUCAUCACGCCAGCUAGAGUCAAACUAAUGCUGGCGGUGGUUUAUUUCAUCCUGAGCUCGUCCUCGAUCAUCCAGGUUUAUCUGACGUCAAGACUCACACUGUGCAGACACACGGUGGAUAAACUUCUAUGUGACAGUCUGGUGAUCGCAAAGCUUUCAUGUAAAAAGACGACUCUGAUCGGUGUUUACGGUCUGUGCUGCGCCGUCUUUGUCAUCGUUUUACCGUGUUUUCUAGUCUUUCUCUCGUACUUUCAUAUUUUCCUGGUGAUCCUAAAAACCUCGAAGGAGUCCAGGAGGAAAGCGCUGCGGACGUGCACGCCGCACUUAGUGACCUUCAUUAAUUUCUCCGUGGCGUCCUUUUGUGGUGUCACUUAUAAUCGUCUGAGUCACGAAGUUCCACGAGCUACGAAUAUUUUCAUAAGUUUGAAUUUUUUUGUCAUUCCCCCUCUUCUGCAUCCCAUAAUUUAUGGUAUUAAAAUGCAGGAGAUCCGACAGAGUAUAAACAGAAUAAUGAAAUGGAGAAUAAUACAAUCAUGAACCUUUUUAAAGGACAGUUAAUAUUUUCUUCGUAGCUCACAGCCGAUAAAUCACACUGACUGUUGGUUGUUACGGUUGAUGGAUUGUUAUUUUUGUUCACUGAAUGUUGACACCUGGAACUAUUGAAUCAGGUAUUGAUCCCUGUGGAGGCUUCAGAUCAUCUCAUGUAAAGAAAAUGGAAACUGAAAGAGAGAUUGUUGAGUUUCUUUUAUUUGAAUGUUGCAAAGAGAAAAAUAAUCAUGAAACUUAAACUAGAAAUGUUCAACAAUAAAGGGAUUAAAAAUAGACUUUUUGAGUUCCUGUCAAUGAAUAAGAAUUGAUAAAUAAAUUAAAGUAUAGUCACCAGCUGUUCAUUUACAUUAUUAUUAUUAUUAUUAAUGUUUGUUGUCUAUUAGUGUAACUGAGUUUGCUCAAUAAAAACAUUUUGCAAUUUUAAAAAAGGUCAUGUUAAGCAACGUACGAUCAUAUGAUAUUUAAAUGAUGAGAACAUUUUAAUUAAGAUCUGUGUUGAAAAAGGGUUUUAUUUACAUAAUCUAUUAACCUGUCAAUUCAGACCAAAACUACCCAAAGAUUCUCUUUAUUUGUUCUUUCUUCUUCUAAACUCUUCGGCCUAUUUUUGUCACUAUGCGAGUCUGUGUAUAUUUAUAAUGUGAUAUGUUUACAACAUAUUUGUGUUUAUGUUGAUUUUUCUGCAUUCAGUGAUAAUGAACAUGAUGAUGUUGAAUAAAACAAACCUUCAUGUGUUUUAA